AUGCGAGAGACACAUAUAAGUAGGUCCUCUGAGCAUCUGACCUCACUAGGACUUUCCAUCCCACAAUUCACCCGUCUGCCUCACCCUGCUAUCCCUCGUUCUGUCGAGUUGUUGUCUUUUGUCGCUUUACCUCGCAAAAAGCCUAACCAACACUUUGAUCACCAACCCUUCACAACCGCCAACAUGCGUUUCGCUCCUAUCCUCGCCGGCUUUGCUGCCCUUGUUGCUGCCCAAGACACCACCACCGUUGUCGACACCACCAGCAUCGACCCCACAGACACCGCCGCUAUCUCGUCCAUUGCUUCCAGCGCGGCCUCUGUCUCCUCCGUCGUCAGCUCUGCCCUUGAGUCGGUGAGCACCUCUGCCGAGUCAGAGCUCAACUCCAUCAGCACCAGCGCCGACUCUGUGCUCUCCAGCUUCAGCUCUGCCAUCGCCACUGCCACCGGCGCCGACAGAGAUUCCCUCACCUCGGAGCUGGCCGGCUACACCUCUACCGUCGCUUCCCGUGUCAGCUCCGCUACCGAGGCUGCCGGGUCUGCCUCCAGCUCUGCCACCAACGCCGGCCCUCAACAGACGGCCGCCGUCGCCAUGGGUGCCCUCUUUGGUGGUGCCGCCCUCUUGGCCAACUUUUAA